GGGAGGAAGGAUGAGCGACGCGUCGAGCCGAUCCAGAAAUUUAGCAUGCCAUCGAUCAGAUUCGCGUCAACGGACGAUCGUUGCCGGCCUCGGCUAUCGAGGUCUCUCUUUACCCAUGGCCAUCACAGACCCCGCAGAGCUCGUGGAAGAGUCGGUCGCUCCCAAGCCUACAUAGGCUUGCUUAUACCCGGUCUCACCAUCACGUCGCACAGAAUAAAAAAGUCUGGCGAGUUUGACAAGUGGCGGCGCGAACUCAUCGCUAGUGCUCAACGCUCUACUGGAUAUGAUGCGUUCAAGACUCGUGUUGAAGAGAUCGCUCGUCAACGACUCGACUCCGGACAGCUCGCGAACACAUCGCAGAACAUGAUCGUCAAGGAGGUGAAUCGUUUCCCCAUCAUCGACCGCUUCGCUGGAGAAGUUCCCUUGCUUGCGGAUGAUCAGUUCAAAAUGGGAGUCCGCAGUUCUCUUGAACGCAUCCUCCGCAACGCCGAUCCAUCGCAAGGCAGCCCAGAAAAACACGAUGCUCCAUCCCAACCAUCACUCCCCCUUGCCGCCGAUGACCACCGCUCUUCUGACUCGUCGACUUUGAAUCCCGCUUCUGCGCCACAAGACGUUCAUAAGAAUCAUAACAGCCAAAUUGAUCCAUAAUUCACUGGCAAAGUAAAAUACAUACAAUUGCUUGGAUAUCAUAAAUAACCGACGCUCAUUUAAACAAGAAGGAAGGAAGCUCCCGAGUUUAUUCUGCUUGGAUGAGUUCCAACGCUUUCUCUGAGCGAGGCUUGAUUGAGCAGCGGAAGGGAACCGGAUGACUGCAAACAAGGUUGAGCACUUCAACUGAACGCCCGAAGCGUUUUCCGCGUCGUACCUGAUAGUUCCUGUUGUGUUCUUAUGUUCCGGCAAGACAACCUUGCCAUUCUCGACGCAUGCCGCGAUGUCGAACACUGCCAAAGACAUCGCACAUGUGAUGAAUAAUGAAGCGUCGGCGAGAUGCAUUCCCGGGCAGAUUCUACAGCGAGAUUUAGGGUCAAAUCUUCCCUAAUAGGAGAGCCUGGCAACCAACGCACCGACGGCCAAAGCCAAAAGAAAAGUUGCGCGGAUCGGGCUCUGCGGCCUUUUCCUUGGUAGCAAUGAAGCGUUCAGGCCUGAAGGCCGUUGGAUCGGGGUAAACUCGCGGGUCGUGUGUGAGUCGGUGGAUGUUCGUGAUGAUGAGAGCACCCUUAGGGAUGAAAUGCCCGUUGUACACAUCAUCACGCAUGGCGCGGUGGGGCACGCCCGUAGGAACGACUGAAUGCCAGCGGAGCACCUGUCCAACUGUCAGUUGGAUUGAGGAUAAAGGACGCGACGCACCUCUUUGACAAGAGCAUCUACAUAAGGCAGAUCAUCUCGGUCCCGAAAGGCCGGCAGUCUAUCCUGACCCACAACUUUGUCAAUUUCCUGCUGUGCCUUGAGGACCACAGUCGGAUUGAGUGCCAUAGCGAGAAAAAAGGCAUAGAUCGCAGACACUGUC